AUCCGGCAGGUGGCAGCACUGCUGUGAUGUGUCAGUUACUAUAAUAACAACGCAGAAGAAGAACCUUGAGCUUCUCGAAAAUGUCUGAGUACGCCGCGUCGCAGAAGAGUACCCUGAAAUUAAAAGGUGUUGGCAGCAUUUCAGCUGGAAAGAAGAAGAAGAGGAAGGAUAAAGAUAGCAAGCAUCGCUUGGAGCAGGUCACCAGUCAACACGAGGAGGAGGAGAAAACCAAUAAUACACAUGUUGACAAAAGGACUCCGGCACAAAUGGCCUUUGACAAGAUGCAAGAGAAGAGGCAAAUGGAGAGGAUUUUGAACAAAGCAUCAAAGACUCACAAACUGAGAGUUGAGGAUUUCAAUCGCCACCUGGACAAACUGACCGAGCAUUAUGAUAUUCCCAAGGUCAGCUGGACCAAAUAGAAGAGGAGCAAAUUGUCAUUUUGUUUGUAUUUUACUGCUUGAACUAAAGUCUACAUCACGUCACCUUUUUGUUUGCUUGUUUUAUAUAUUUACAUUUCAAAUUCCUUCAAUUGGCAUUUAGAAAUAGUUUAAUUCCUUGUGUAUACAAUAAAGGAUUUGAGUAAACUCGUA